UGUGGUGGUGCUUGAGGUGUCUGAGGUACUGCUGCUUAAGACCAGACCAGAGCCUGGGACUGACUCCAGAGCUUCUCUGAGCUCCACUUCUUACUGAUCCCUGCUUCUGGAUCUAUCUGCCUGUUGUGUGUCUCAAGGAGAAAUUGUCACUAUCUUUUUUUGAAUUUGGAACUGUUGGUACUCAUUGGAACAGAAUAAUGGAUCUCACCACUUUUUACUUCCUGACCACAACUUUGGUUUUGAUACUGGAGCAUGAAGCAUACUCAGACUCCACUGGGCCUGGUCCAGAGGAGGGCCCCGUGAUGCAGCUCAUCUACAGACCCCUACGGCGGGAGAAGCGUUGUUCCUGUGAGAACCUGAAUGAUAAAGAAUGUGUGUACUUCUGCCACAUUGGCAUCGUCUGGGUCAACACUCCUAGUCAGGUAGUGCCAUAUGGAGUGGGCUCCUUCCCUGUUCGACUGAGGAGAGAGGUGGGACGGUGCAUCUGCCUGAAGAGAAAGGACUUUGAGUGUCUUUACUUCUGCUCUGCCUUGCGUACACUCAAAGAAGGUCAACAUUAUUUGGUCAAGAGGACAUUUGCGACAAAGUUGAAGAAGAGAUAUAAGGCUGAAAUGUCAAAUAAAAGGAUCCAACAAACACUUAACGCAAGAAAACUGAAAGAAGAGAAUGGACACUAGUUUCAUCACCCUAGUUUCAUGUCAUCUGAUUGGUCUCUUUUACAAUAUGACGCAAAAGGACAUUGUACAGUGGUGGGGCACUUCUGAAACGUAUUUAUGAAAUGUUGUAACUUCUGCAGUAUUUUUGUGAUUGUGACUCAUUCUCAAAUGUUUUAAUGCUGUACAUAAAUAUUUUUUACUUUACAACAUACAGUACAUACGUCAUUUUCAAAUCAAAUGAAGUUAUAUAGUUACAGUAAUGCAUAAAUGAGCAGUAUUUAAGAUGUUAAAUGUAAAAAUCUCUUGUAUCUCUGUCAAUGUUGUGUCUGCAUGUUACACUGUUUUGGCCUCGACAUCCUUUUGCUGUCAUGGAGUUAGAAUGUGAAAGACAUGCUAGAAAUGGAAAGCAAUGCAGUUCACGGGUCUUAAAAGUGAGUUACAGUAUGUAUCAAACUAGACAGGGAAUCAUCUGUGUGAUCUAGGACAGGUGGGUCAUUUAACGCAUCAUAUAUCCAAAAGGUAUUCAAGUAGAGUUUGCAUGUCCCGGCAGUGGUAUUCAACGCCGGGGUUGCCAAAAUGGUCCCCGCUGAAAAAGUUUGCAUACCAGUGUUACAAUUCAAAUUGCAUUGCUACCAAGACAUGGAUUCCAGACUAGGGCUGGUAUUCAAGCAAACCUGCAAGGCUACCAGACCGCUGAAGAAAAACCCAUUCCAUACAGUAUUACUAUCUCUACAGGGUACAAAGCUCGUCUGUAUUGACAUAGUAUCUGAUAACUAGCUAUGCAGGUUUGUUUGAGCACCAGUAUUGUUUAAAAGAUGAUCAAAUGACUAUUUAUUUUGUUUGUGAGAUGAUUUUAUAGCUAAUACAUUCAAAUCU